GCUGAUCAUUGUGAUUUUGUUUUGACAAAAUGCACUAGAAAUUAAUUAAAGUAUAUUAAUUGUGUGUGAUUCUUGCGAUUAAUUAAGUGGAUCGUAUGAUAAAUGUUUAAUAUCGUGUUGCAUUUUGAUCAUUAGGAAAUUUGUUCAUGCGCAAAUCAAACGAAAGAAAAUCAAUAAAAUCGUGAAAAAAAUCUUCGCGAUUUCGUGUGUGAAUUUGUGAAAAUUAAUGAUUUAGCGUGUAUAAAUCACAAAUUAAAAUCAAUGGAAGCCUAGUGAAUGCUAUAUAGUAUAUAAAUAAUAUAAGGGUUAUAGUGAAAAGUGCAUAAUUUGUGGUGAAAAUUGAGAAAAUUGGAAAGUUUUUUCCAUCAUUCGAAAAAAUUUGAUAUAGAAAAAAAAAUUGCAAAAAUCCCAAAAGUGAUUUUUCUUUAACAUUCAUCCAAGCGACUGCCUCAACAUAUAUUGAAAUACAACAUUAAAAAGCAUUAUGACGAAGGAUAGAUUAGCAGCUUUACAAGCGGCUCAAAGUGACGAUGAAGAUGCGGGGAUGGAUGAUGUUGCCAUCAACGUCGAUGGCUUCAUGGAAGAAUUCUUCACUGAGGUGGAAGAGGUUAGAGAGAUGAUAGAUAAAAUACAAUAUAAUGUCGAGGAAGUUAAGAAAAAACACAGCGCCAUCUUAUCCGCUCCGCAAACGGAUGAAAAAACCAAGCAAGAGUUAGAGGAUCUGAUGGCAGAUAUUAAGAAAAAUGCCAAUAGAGUUAGAGGAAAACUAAAGAAUAUCGAACAAAAUAUCGAGCAAGAAGAGCAAGGAAAAUCUGCGAGUGCUGACUUGCGAAUACGUAAAACACAGCAUUCAACAUUAUCAAGAAAAUUUGUUGAAGUAAUGACAGAAUAUAAUCGAACGCAAACUGAUUAUAGAGAGAGAUGUAAAGCAAGAAUACAACGUCAAUUGGAAAUCACUGGUAAAGCUACAACAAAUGAGGAGCUCGAGGAGAUGUUGGAGCAAGGAAAUUCAGCAGUGUUUACACAAGGAAUUAUUAUGGAAACACAACAAGCUAAACAAACCCUGGCAGAUAUUGAAGCUCGACACGCUGAUAUCAUUAAACUUGAAAACUCAAUUCGAGAAUUGCAUGAUAUGUUUAUGGAUAUGGCAAUGUUGGUUGAAAGUCAGGGUGAAAUGAUCGAUCGUAUAGAGUAUCAUGUUGAACAUGCAAUGGAUUACGUCCAAACGGCAACACAAGAUACCAAAAAAGCACUCAAAUACCAAAGUAAAGCUCGUCGGAUAAUUAUUAUCAUCAUCGUCUUAUGGACCUUGCUGACUUGCAAUAAGCUUUCAUCAUUACAAAGAAAUGGACAGAGCGUAUGUAGCUUCAAAUGUAUAUCUUUCUCGUUACACAAAAGAACAGAUAUUUUAGUUUUCAUCGGUUCCUAUUGAACCAUUUUAUUCCUUCGGUUCCCUUUUUCGAUAACGAUAAUCCAAUUUAACAUCCGAAAAAAUAUAAAAUAAGAAUAAAAAAUAAUGUAUAAGAACGACGCGAAGACUUUUUAUUUUGUUCCUUGAGUUGUUAAAGGUUGAUAAGCCAUAUUUAUAAUGUAAUGAAAAAAGAUGAAAAUACAUAUGGACACAUAAGAUUGACAUAAAAUAAGAAAAUAACGAAAAAAUUGUUUUCCUUCUUCUAUUUCUCUUCCUUCUCUCUUCACGUCUAUCUCAAAUACUCUUCG